AAUUAAUAAUUUUUUUUUCAAAAUAGGCAGCCAAAAUUCAGCACAUCAGAUUCUGAACUGCCUGCUGGAGAAACUAUGGACGACAUGACACCAUCCAGCCCUUCGUCUGUACCAAAAAUUUAUGCAUUGCCAACUGAUUCAAUCCCAACAAUUGCACACAUGCCCCCAAAGAAAAGUGUUCACUUUGUGUUUGUGCCUGACAGACACAUUUCUGACUCAGAUUCAGACAUUAGCUUGGGUAAGGCUGGUAGAUCCAUAGCAGAUGGUGGAAGUAGCAUGAAGUCUAGCACCUUUGCUACAACUAGUUGUAAUGAUGAUUUUACAAUCCCCACAGUUUCACAGGUGCCCCUGAAGAAAAGUAUCCACUUUGUGCCUGACAGACACAUGUCUGACUCAGACUCAGACAUUAGCUUAGUUACAUGUAAGACUGGUUCUUCAGCAGACAGUGGAUACUGUACAUCUGCAUCAGCAUCAUGCAUCACUGUCACAGUGUCAAAAAUGCCCCAAUGGGCAGAAGAAAGUUGUGUCAAGAGCAGUUCUGUAAAACUACAAGCAUGUAGCAAGAACCCCAGUGGUAUGCUUCCGAGACUUAGAGGCCAUAAUCAUAGUGAUCCAACAAUCCCCACAAUUGCACAGAAGCCCCUUAAGAGAAGUGUCCACUUUGUGCCUGAUAGACACAAUUUUUGUUCUGACUCAGAUUCAGACAUUAGCUUGGGUAAGACUGGUAGCUCCUCAGCAGAUGGUGGUACUAGAACUGCACCUGCAUCAUCUAAGUUAAACAGUAACAGUGUGACAAAAAUUUCCCAGUGGGACUUAGAGGAAAGUUGUGAUGAGAGCAGUUCUGUGUCUAGUAAGAGCACCGUUGCUACAUCUGGUUGUAACUCAGUUGUUUCCUUUGCGGAGGCUCUUAUUGGCAAAGACGGGGGGAUCUUGAUGCUCCCAAAUGCUGCAACUUCUCUACUGUUCAGUCCACAUUCCAUCUCAAACCAGAUUGACAUUACCCUGGAAAUACUGCAUAACCCAGUAGCAUUUCCAGACUUACGUGCAGAUGAGACUUUGGUCAGUCCUUAUGUAUUCUGCGGUCCUCACGGCUGGACCUUCCACAAACCUGUGCUGCUGACAUUUCCACACUGUGGCAUGUCUGACAAUGACGACUUAACUUUACUAGUCAGUGAAACAAGUAGCCAACAGGCUCCAGAUUGGACAGAAGUUAGCAGUGCUACCCCGGGUAUUGAGUACUUUGUCAGGGACAGUGAGUGCCUUGUGUACACAAGCCAUUUCACUGGGUUUUCUUUCAAAUCUAAGGGCCCCAAGCAAGUACGUUUACUUGCCUUUUCAAGCUUAUCUGACAACUUGUACAGGCUCAGGGUCUACUGCAUCAAUGAUACGAAAGACGUUGUUGAUCGCAUCAAGAAGGAAGAGCAGGAAUUCGGGUUCAAGCAGACAGAUAGAGGGGUCUCAAUGACUUUCCUAAACAACAAGAAGGACUUGCACCUGAAGGCACACCUAGAAACACCAGGUUGGAAGUUUCUAAAUAGUUCACAAGAGCUUGUCAUCAGCUAUGAGUCAGUUAGGGGAAAGAGGGAUGGCAAUGUGCUGUUCAAUCUUCAAGCAGAGCCAGAAUCGGACAAAGACACAUCUAUUAUCUCUCUCCGUAUCCAUGCCUUGCAGGAAGGUAACACAGACUCUCCAACAUAUAUCGUUGCAGAAAAGGUACAUGUAGGAUGGUGUGACCAUAAGGGCGCAUGUAACUGUAAGACUCCAUCGCAUCUCCAAGUGCAAAGGGUGCACACUGACAUUACAGACCAGCCAAAGGUGUCUUUUAAGAACUCACAAGGAAGCCACAGAAACCUCACAAUCCCACACAAGCUUCGCACUGAGCUUUGCAUCAAGCUAGAUCCAAAAAAGGCUUGUGGUAAAGAUUGGAGAAGUCUUGCGAGUGAACUGGGCCUUGACGAGCGCAUUGAAUUCUUUGAUUCAAAGGAGAGCCCAACUGAAUUGGUACUCCAAGAAUUUGAAAUGUCUGGGAAAACACUGAAAGACCUAACGGCUAUCUUAACAGGCAUUGAAAGGCCAGACACAGCUUAUUUGGUACAAGAGCAUCUUCAGACAACAAGCUGUGAUUUGCCCAGUCCUUUCAAUGAUAGUGGUGUGGGGAGUCCUGAUACAGAUGCAUCAGAAAGAGAUGGCACCCCUUCUCCAGGUUCUGACAAAAAGUUCUUUCCAAACAGCCUUUUCAGAGCAGAGGAGAGAACCUCUCCAAAAUACAUGCAUCGUGGAGAGUCUGUCCCUUCUCAUGAUCUAUACAAUUCCAGUGCCAAUACAGAGACCUCAGAAAGAUCUACAACUACCAGUAGUACUUCUGACCAAAAGUUCUUUCCAAAUGGCCCUUCGUUGGCAGAAGAAAGAAACUCUCCACAAUACAUGCAUCGUGGAGAGUCUGUCCCUUCAAAUGGACUGUACAAUUCUAGUGCCAAUACAGAAGCUUCAGAAAGAGAUAGCACUUUCUCACCAGCUUUUGAUCAAAUGUCUCUAGAUCUUCCAAACAGCCAUUCAAGAGCAGGGGAGCAAAACUCUUCACAGCACAUGCAUUGUGGAGAGUCUGUCCCUUCUCAUGAACUGUACAAUUCCAGUGCCAAUACAGGGGCAUCAGAAAGAUCUACAACUACCAGUGGUACUUCUGACCAAAAGUUCUUUCCAAAUGGCCCUUCACUGGCAGAUGAAAGAAACUCUUCACAAUACAUGCCCUGUGGAGAGUCUGUCCCUUCAAAUGAACUGUACGAUUCCCAUGCCGAUACAGAGGCUUCAGAAAGAUCGAGUCCUACUGCGUUCUUUCUAAAAGGCCCUUCGGGGCCAGAGAGAAACUGUCUACCCUACCUGCAGUGUGGACAGUCUGUCUCUUCUCACGGUAUAAACGAUUCGUACCAAUCUGCGACAGAGCCAAAACUGAUCCAAGAAAAUGAAGUUGAAAGUUCUAUGCAGGGCUUGGUACUGAACAGUACAGCCAGUGAUAGUGAUGAGACAGGGAAUGUUGAGGUUGAGGAGGUAAAUGAUUCUAACUCUGAGAUGUCCCAAGAUGAUCAGAAGUGUACUGAAGUUAUGGUUGUUUCCAUUCCUGGAAGAGAAGUUGAGCAUUUUGCAGAGGGACGUCGUGAGACAGCAGUCUAAAUUUAUGAGGCUUGACACUGUCCUUAAAAGUUCAUGAUUUAGAAAUGUAAAUGUGAACCCAGCUAGAAGGUUUCAUGGCCUGAAAGAUAGCAAGUAACAGCUGAUCGCUGAGAAGUGAAGUACAAAAUGUGUGACUUUCAAUAUGAUCAAGUUCAUUGUGUGACUAGAAGAUCAUCUCCAAAGAAAGCUUAGAAUGGAAUGUGGACUCUUCAAACAGAGAAAACAGCAGUGAACCCUGUUAAGUUUUGGUUAUGGUAUAAUGCAUGGGAUUGCCUAAUCCUAUCAAAUAUCAGUUCUCAAUGUAUAGUACCUGUUUGCAUCGUUAUUAUGAAUAUAAGUGUUUAGAUAAAGUAGCCUCAGAGUCUGUACUUUUUAUAUCAUACUUGAUGUAUAAUUAUUUACGUAUAUUGGUUUGAGUGUGCAGUGUUGUGUGUUUGAUGAUUAAA